CAGGCACCUCCCCGCCAGCUCUCCCUGCAGGCUCCGCCGCCCGACCCUCGUGCCCAGCCCCAUGGCCCGCGCCGCCACCCCCGCUGCCUCCUGCGCUCCCCGGCUCCUCCGGGCGGCGCUGCUGCUCCUGCUCCUGGUCGCCGCCGGCCGCCUCUCGACAGCGGCGCCCGUGGUCCGUGAACUGCGCUGCCAGUGCUUCCAGAAACUGCAGGGCAUCCACCUCAAGAACAUCCAAAGUGUGAAGGUGACGUCCCCGGGACCCCACUGCGACCAGACCGAAGUCAUAGCCACUCUCAAGAAUGGGCAGGAAGCCUGUCUCGACCCCACAGCCCCCAUGGUUAAGAAAAUCAUCGACAAGAUGCUAAACAAUGACAACUCCAACUGACGAGCAGGAAAGAAGCAGCUCAUCAGUGGCUGUUUCUGAAGCAGGCCCUGCCUUUAUGGGAAUAAAAAGAAAAAGAGAAAUAGCUCCUGAGGUCACCUGGACGGGGCUUAGUGUGUUUCAGC